AUGCAUGCGGCAUUUGCAUCCACGAUGCGUCUCGCGACUGCCACAGCUCUUCUUAGCGCCGCCCUUGUCGGCGCCCAAAACCAGAUGGUCCAGGUGCAGGUCGGCGCGGAGACGAGCACCCCCGGCGGGAUCUUCCAGUUCAUGCCGAACAACCUCACCGCUAGCAACGGGUCGGUCAUCACGUUCACCUUCAGCGGCAUCCCCGGCAAUCACAGCGUGACGCAGUCGACGUUCGCGGCGCCGUGCACGCCGUUCAAGGGCGGCUUCGACUCGGGCUGGGUCGAGAUCCUCGCGAACACGAGCACGCUUCCCACGUGGCAGCUCACGAUCACCAGCGACCAGAUCCCUAUCUGGUUCUACUGCAAGCAAAAGAUCCCCGCGCCGCACUGCAACGCGGGCAUGGUCGGCGGGAUCAACAUCAAGCCCGGCCCGAACAGCCUCGCCGCGUUCGUCGCCGCCGCGCAGAAGGCCCCGCUCGACAUGCACGAGGGCGGGCUCGUCGGCCUCGGCGCCUCAGCCUCCGCGCUGCCCGCCAUCGACGGCGGCGCGACGCUUUUCAUGACCGACAGCGCGACCGCCGGCCCGCAGACCGCCGCCGGGGGCUCCGCGGCCGGGGCAGGGACCGGCGCCGCACCAAGCGGGUCCGGGGCGCCGCCGCCGAGCAGCGCCGGGCGCCUCGGCUUCGAUCCGGCGCUGCUCCUUACGGUCGUGGUCGGCGCGAUGGCGGGCGCGGCGAUGGUGCUGUGA